AGGAUUGCAGUGAAGGAAAAAGAUACACAUGUCAUUGUUCUGCUCACACUCACACAUUAUCAGUGCACCAAGCCCCCGUGUAGGCACAGCUAAUGAGCACAGAUAACAGGAUCUUGUCACGCUGUGGACGAGCCACUUCUGCUGUUUCAAGUGUGAGCAGAGUUCAUUUUAUGGGCCGCUCUUGAUUUAAUGUAGGCGAUUAUUUCUAUGAGUAACUUCAGUGUGUCCAUGAAAGCAAGGUAGGAGGGACAAUGGAAAACGGAGGGAAAAAACUGUGUGGUCGGAUGUGCAGCCCGUGCACAGCAAAUUGGCCUUUCAAAAGAAAGCUUCUGUGAACUGCACCCCUGUUGAGACUCUUGAUCCCCUAAGAAAUUUAUGGGGCUUACGUGCGUGCAUGUGUGUGUGUGCGCGAAGGAGGAGUGAAACGUGUCUUGUAUGCGAUCAUAAGCUCAUUAUUUUUCUCCUCUCCUAUAGAUCUCCAACCUGUCAUCACCUCCCCCAGUAAGUCUGCGUCUGAGCGCCGCAGCAGUUCUGUCACUCUGUGCCCACAGAGGCCUCCUCAGACUCCAUAAAACACCCAGGUACCACAGGUCUGGAAGUUAGAGUGAAGGAUGGGCUCGUCCUCUGCCCUGCCUCUCCUGCUGCUCAGCCUGGUCUUUCCGUGUGGUGUGUGGAGUCUGAACCCUGAUGACCCCAACGUCUGCAGCCACUGGGAGAGCUACGCUGUGACUGUGCAGGAAUCCUACGCUCACCCAUUCGACCAGAUCUAUUACACCCGCUGCACAGACAUCCUCAACUGGUUCAAAUGCACGAGACACAGGAUCAGCUAUAAGACAGCUUACAGACGAGGAGUCAGGACCAUGUAUCGCCGUCGCUCACAGUGCUGCCCCGGUUACUUUGAGAGCGGAGACUUGUGUGUUCCUUUGUGCACAGAGGAGUGUGUCCAUGGACGCUGUGUGUCCCCCGACACAUGCCAGUGUGAGCCUGGAUGGGGAGGCCUGGACUGCUCCAGUGGUUGUGAGAGUGACUACUGGGGACCUCACUGCAGUAACCGCUGCCAGUGCCAUAACGGAGCCAAGUGUAACCCCAUCACUGGGGCCUGUGUCUGCACUGAUGGUUACCAGGGAUGGCGUUGUGAAGACCCCUGUGAGCAAGGUUAUUAUGGGAAAGCGUGCCAGCUGCAGUGCCAGUGCCUCAACGGUGCCACCUGCAUCCACGAGACGGGAGAGUGCAUCUGUGCACCGGGGUACACGGGAGCAUUCUGUGGAGAACGCUGUCCUUCCGGCAGUCAUGGGCCUCAGUGUGAGAAGCGGUGCCCGUGUCAGAACGGAGGAACGUGUCACCAUAUAACCGGGGACUGUUCCUGCCCUGCUGGAUGGACGGGUUCAGUCUGUGCUCAACCCUGCUCUGUUGGCAAGUACGGCAUCAACUGUAGCAAAGACUGUUCCUGCCGCAACGGUGGGGUGUGUCACCACAUCACCGGCCAGUGCCAGUGCCCCGCCGGCUUCAGUGGUCGCAGGUGUCAGGACGACUGUCCUGUGGGAACCUUUGGUCCUCAGUGUAACCAGAAGUGUGAGUGUCAGAAUGGAGCCAAGUGUCAUCACAUCACCGGAGCCUGUCUGUGUGAAACAGGCUUCAAAGGCCCUAACUGCCAGGAGAGAUUCUGCCCCCCAGGCCUCUACGGUCUUAUCUGUGACAAGUACUGCCCCUGUAACACCACCAACACAGUCAGCUGCCAUCCACUGUCUGGUGAAUGCACCUGCUCUACAGGCUGGACAGGCCUUUACUGUAAUGAGACAUGUCCGCCUGGAUACUAUGGAGAGGGAUGUUUGCUGUCAUGCAGCUGCACCAACGGUGCUGACUGUCAUCCUGUCACAGGUGCCUGUGUCUGUGCCCCUGGCUUCAUGGGGGAGGACUGUGCUACCAUGUGUCCUCCAGGUCUAUACGGACCCAGCUGUAUGUCCACGUGCUCCUGCCAUAAUCAUGCAUCCUGCUCCCCCAUCGACGGCUCCUGCAUCUGCAGAGAAGGAUGGCAGGGUGUGGACUGCUCCAUCCUCUGUCCCAGCGGUACGUGGGGUCUGAGCUGUAAUCAGACGUGCUUAUGUGGCAACGGAGCAGCCUGUGAUCCCGUGGAUGGAAUCUGUACGUGUUCUCCAGGUUGGAGAGGAGAACACUGCGACGAGUCCUGCCCUGAUGGAACCUACGGGCUGGAGUGCCGUGAGCGCUGUGACUGUACUCAUGCUGACGGCUGUGACCCAGUCAGCGGCUACUGUCAUUGCUACCCUGGCUGGACAGGAAUCCAUUGUGACAACGUGUGCCCACAAGGCUUCUGGGGAUCCAACUGUUCAUUCACCUGCUCCUGUCAAAAUGGCGGCUCCUGUUCUCCAGAAGACGGCACGUGUGUGUGUGCACCUGGAUACAGAGGGACCUCCUGCAAAAGAAUCUGCUCUCCAGGUUUCUACGGUCAUCGCUGCAGCCAGUCCUGUCCACAGUGUGUCCACAGCACCGGGCCCUGCCAUCAUAUCACAGGCCACUGCGAAUGCCUGUCUGGCUUCUCUGGUUCUCUGUGCAACCAAGUAUGUCCAAGUGGCAGAUAUGGCAGAGCCUGUGCUGAGAUCUGUCUCUGCACCAACAAUGGCACCUGCAACCCCAUCGAUGGCUCCUGUCAGUGCUUCCCUGGGUGGAUAGGAGACGACUGCUCUCAUGCCUGUCCCUCCGGACACUGGGGCCCAGAUUGUCUCAACUCAUGCAACUGUCACAACGGAGCCCAGUGCAGUGCGUAUGAUGGAGAGUGCAGGUGCAGCCCAGGCUGGACUGGACUCUACUGUACUCAACGCUGUCCUUCAGGCUUCUACGGCAGGGACUGCUCUGAAGUCUGUCGCUGCCAGAAUGGAGCAGACUGUGACCACGUCACUGGCCAGUGUGCCUGCCGAACAGGCUUCAUCGGGACGAGCUGCGAGCAGAAGUGUCCUGCUGGUACAUUUGGCUACGGCUGCCAGCAGCUGUGUGAGUGCCUGAACAAUGCUACCUGUGACUAUGUGACUGGAACCUGCUACUGCAGCCCCGGAUAUAAAGGCAUCCGAUGUGAUCAAGCAGCUCUGAUGAUGGAGGAGCUGAAUCCAUACACGAAGAUAAGCCCAGCGAAGGGGUCAGACCGACUGUCAGCCGGAGCUGUCAUGGGCAUCAUCUUUCUGCUCCUCAUCAUCAUGGCCAUGCUCAGUUUGUUUGUUUGGUACAGACAGAGGCAGAGGGAAAAGGGCCAAGAGAUCCAGCCAAGUGUCUCCUAUACACAGGCCAUGCACAUCUCCAACACUGACUAUUCCAUGUCUGAGUGCGGCAGUACUGUAGCAAUGAGGACCAGCACCGCAGAGGUCAACCAGAGCCAGGGCAACGGCAGCAGCGGCCAGUGCUUCUCCAACCCCAGUUACCACACAGUGGCCCAGUGUAAUGUGGUCUCCAACAUUUCUGGCAGCCUGGACGGCACCUUGAUCCUCAAAUCAAGCACUCUGAAAAACAGAAAUGGUGCAGACUGGAGAGCCUACUGCAACCUCAAAGACAUGGAUGUCCAACAGGGGGAGACACAGACCCAGAGAGGUUCAAGGAAAGAUUACAUCAAGGGCUCCAUGUGCAACAGCAGCUCCUGCUCCCUGAACAGUGAGAACCCAUAUGCCACCAUCAGAGACCCACCAGGGCUUUCUUGCAAACACACAGAGAGCAGCUAUGUGGAGAUGAAGUCCCCCUCCCACCGAGAAGUGCCCUUUGGAGGCACUGCCACCCUCCUGGGCAGUGCAAGCACGAAUGUCUAUGAUGUCGAGCCGACUGUGAGUGUCCUUCAGGGACCUAAUGGAAUGGCCACCGGCUUUUCCCAAAGCCCUUACGACCUUCCUCGCAGCAGCCACAUCUCAGGCCACUACGACAUAUUGCCCAUGCGUCACAGCCCGACACACACGCCCUCUCCACCCCCAGAAAGCCCCAGCUCCCUGCUUUAGAGGCUUCACCUCCCACCUGGCCCCCAACAUCAUGCCAGCUUUGGGCAAAAUCCAUCCAACUGUCAACCAACGGCCCUCCCUCUUUCUCUGUGUAUGUGUUUGAUUUAGACAUUGGGAUGAUGAUAUGGAGGGGCAGGCAGAGCUUAUCUGAACUAUUGCUCCCCUUCCUGUGAUUUUACUGUGGUGCUGAAGAAGGAAAGGAAGGAAGUGUUCCACACACCAGCGACCAUUUGUCCAUUUUACUUUCUUAUAGAGCUGAUGGCUCAGACUGUUGCCCAGCCACUUUACAGACUUCCUGGAGUGGAGUGCCAAACAGCGCCAAGGGUGGAACACACGGAUGAUUUGGACAGAUUAUUCAAAAGAGGGAGUUAUACGAAAGUUAUUUAAGCUCACGGUAUAGGUUUACUAUUCUAGGGCAGCCAAAUAUUUAUGAUAUCCUCCUCCUCACGAGAGAAGGAGUCCAACCUUGACAAUGUCAAAGUAGGCAGUUAUACUGUAUAUUGCACAGAGACACCAGAGUUUAUGAUUCCUCACCUGCCAAGAUGACUUGAGGAGAUUAUGAUCAUAUACUCUAAAGUAAAGAAAUGUUAAGAUAUAUAGUUAUAAAAUAUAAUGUUGUACAAGGAGAAGAACUGGGAGUAAGCAGAUUUUGAUAAAGCAUGGUCGAUAUUGACAUAUUGUGGUGGUCUUUAAAUCAUUCUUGCCCUGUAAUGAUCAGAGCUCUGUACGGUUGCAGUGAAAAUUAGACCCAUUACGGUUGGCGUUGUAUUCUGACCCAUAAUGUCCACGCAUUUACUGCAUUGCUAAGUCACACACAUUCAGUAGGUCUAAAGUUUGGAUCCUUUACUUUAAUUUUGCAUAAUUUUUUUUAAUGUGGAAGUAUUUUUCAUGCAGAUAUCUGUGUUUACAUUUUUGAAAACCAAAUCUAACUAAAGGAUUGCUUUGAUGUUUUUUUAUACUUUAAUUGUUUAUUGAUUAAUUUAUAUAACUGAUGGUCAAUGUAACACAUUAAAAAAAUUGAGCAUGAUGAGAUAUUGGAUACCCACUGAUGUAGAUAACACACAGUUAUUGUCGUGAAACGGUCAGUAUCAUCUUGUGAACUGUUUUUGAAGCUAAAACGUGUUUUUUGUUUCUAUCCCUGUCAGAAUGUACACUUAAAAUAAGCUUUCAUCUGACCUGAUUUUAGACCUACAAACACAUACAGUGUCUACAAAGGGAGCCAUGUGUAAAAAAAAAUCCAUUAUGAAGCAUUUUAUGUUUGUAUUUGGCUAUUUAUCUUACUUAUUUAUUGAACCUUAUUUAAUAAUUCACUAUCUGAAUUUCAUUUCACCGUCUGUAGAAGCAAUAACAUUUUGACAAUCGAUGCCCAGGCAGCGACUCAUUAGUGCUUGACAUUAUUAUAUACACCAUCUUUGACCAGUGUGGUGACAGUACAUCAUAUUUAUGUGACUUCUUUUUCCCUGAUAAAGGUUUUAUGCUAUCAUAUCAGUGUUAUUCUUGUUGUUUUGGUACAAACCUUCUAAAUUAAAAGCCCACUCUG